AGCCAUCUAACCCUACGCAUUUCUUAAAGGUGAAACAGAGCAAGGAAUUUUCUGUAACAGGGUGAUACAACAAUAGUCCGAAGCGAUGUUGGUAGCGAGGCUAGCAUGCCUGCGGAGUUUCCCCGUCACUGGACUUCGUUCAGCCUUGGUCCAGGGCUCACCAGUGUUGAGGAGCUCCUCCUUGAAGCCAUUCCAAAUACCACAACAGGGUUUCUCCUCCAGGGCCAGGUUUGGAUUCCGACGUACCAAGACAUCCAAAGAACAGCUGCAGCAGGCUGCCUUUGAACCAGCCACAGAAACGGCCAUUAAAAUUGAUAACAUGGGCCGAAUGGUCUUAGCUGGCGGAGCAGUUCUGGGAAUGGGAGCUCUGUGCUAUUAUGGACUGGGCAUGUCCAAUGAGAUUGGAGCCAUUGAGAAGGCAGUUAUCUGGCCUCAGUACGUUAAGGACAGGAUUCACUCCACAUACAUGUACUUUGCGGGUAGCGUGGGUCUGACUGCCCUGUCUGCAGUGGCUGUCAGCAGAACUCCAGCACUCAUGGGCCUGAUGAUGGGAGGGUCCUGGCUGGCCAUCGGAGCAACGUUUGCUGCCAUGAUUGGAGCUGGAAUGUUGGUCAGAUCGAUCUCGUACGAGCACAGUCCUGUACCUAAACACCUCGCCUGGAUGUUACAUGCAGGCGUGAUGGGGGCUGUCAUUGCUCCUCUCACUCUGCUGGGCGGGCCCCUGAUGAUGCGCGCGGCCUGGUACACUGCAGGCAUUGUGGGAGGUCUGUCCACCGUGGCCAUGUGUGCUCCCAGUGAGAAGUUCCUCAACAUGGGCGGCCCACUCGCCGUUGGGUUUGGGGUGGUCUUCGCCUCCUCAUUAGGGUCCAUGUUCCUGCCCCCCACCUCUGCAUUCGGAGCUGGGCUGUAUUCUGUUGCCGUGUAUGGAGGACUGGUGUUAUUCAGCAUGUUCCUGCUUUACGACACACAGAAAGUCAUCAAACGCGCUGAGUCCUACCCCGUCUAUGGAGUACAGAAAUAUGACCCCAUCAAUGCGUGUAUGGGUAUUUACAUGGACACACUCAACAUCUUCAUGAGGCUGGUGAUGAUUCUGGCCAACGGUGGCAGUGGCCGGAGGAAGUGAGCAGAAAAAGUGGGAGGAGACUACAAACUUGAGGACUGAUUUUUUUUUUUGGAAGAGGAGGGGGAUGAAAGGAAAGAUUGAAACCCUCAAACAGCACUUAGCUUUUACCGUUCUAAAGCAAGUACAUGUCAAUGCCAGGCCAAAGACAAACCUCUGCUUAAACACUUAGGUUAGUGAGACAGAAACCUAUUUUACUCGUGGGCACAAUGAGGGUGCAGUCUCCAACAAAAUAUCUCUCACCAUUUGUAAAAAGGGAGUGAUUCAGUCCUCCUUUCAGAGUAAAAGUACAGUGUAUAUGAUUACUAAAUAUGAGGGGACACAGAAUAAUGCGUCUGAUCUAAGCCUGCAAUCACCCAUUUAAUCUAAGUUCAGGCAAUCAUUAUUGUCAGGUAUAUUUUUCUACCUUAUUUAUUUUAAAGAUUAAAGUGUUCUCAGUAGUCAUUCUUUACAUUGGAAUAACAUCAGGGGAGAUGAGGAUGAAGUUUGUAACACUUUUCUCCAGUGCUUUGUUAAGUUGUAUGAAGAAUGAUGGUGAAUGCAGUUUCAUUUAUAGUGCACUCUGUGACAUUCAGCGACAGCAGAUGAAGCAGUUAAUAUUUCCCAUUGGUGAAUUAAACUGAUUGUUACAUUUAUGGUUCAGUAAUAAAAAUAAAUAUGCACUCAAAUGUGUCUUGGCAUGAA